UAUGAUGUCAUCACGAAGCGCCACUCCGCUGACGUAUUGUUUCAGGAAGUGAAUCUCAGCCGAUUCGGCUCUGUUGGAAAGCAUGAGCGAUGCUGCAGAUUUAUGAUUUGUAAAUCAAAAGUCGUAAAGGCUACCGGACAUGGAGAACUGGAGCCUUAUUUCACUGUGCGUGCUGCUCGGUUUAACGUCGAGAUGGACGGUGUCUUUUCACUCAUACUCAGGUGCAGGUAAACAGCCAAUGUUCGGGGACUAUGAAGCACAGAGACACUGGCAAGAAGUGACUUACAAUCUACCUGUUCAUGAAUGGUACUUAAAUACUACAAAUAAUGAUUUGAACUACUGGGGUCUUGAUUAUCCUCCUCUGACAGCAUAUCACAGCCUGGUUUGUGCAUAUGUAGCAAAGCUGCUCAAUCCUGAAUGGGUGGAGUUGCAUGUAUCUAGAGGCUAUGAAAGCCACUCACAUAAGUUGUUCAUGAGGGCCACAGGUAGGUAG